AUGGGCUUUGAGCAGAUUGGACCUGAGUGUGCAGUACUUGACGCUCAAGGUCAGCAUGAAAAUAAAAGGAAAGCUGUGGAAGCAGCAAUAAGAUCAAGGUCAGCCUAUAUGGACUAUGUUACACAUAAUAUCCAAUCUCUCAAUAGGGCCAUUGAUAUAUCUGACUACCAAGCUCUUGGGGAAGCUGAAGCCUACAAAGGAGAGGCUAAGGAGAAAAUUCUUAAAGCUUAUAAGAGAUUUGAGGAACGUACAAUGGAUUCAUUGACUGUGCAUAAUAGUAAGAGCAUAAAGAUGACACCUGCAUCUUCUGGGGGUGUAAAUUUAGCAUACCAAAUAGCUGAAGUAGAAGCAAAGAGAGCAGCCCAGUGCGAAUUGAAUCAACAGGUUGCAAGGGCAGAGUUAGAAAGUUUCAGUGGUGACCCACUGAAAUACUGGAGUUUCAUGAGAUCAUUUGAUGCAGUUGUAGGACAAACUUCGAUAGGUGCCAGAGCAAAGUUUACACGUCUAAUGCAGUGUUGUGAAGGCAGAGCUUCAAAGGCUACAGCAGCUUGUAACCAGAUGGACCCUGAAAUUGGCUACAACCGGUCAUUGCAGAUUCUAUAUGAGAAGCUUGGAAAUACUUUACAAGUAAAGGAUGCCUGGUUGAAACAAGUGACUGAAGGCUCUACUUUAAAAAGCAAUGAAAAAAAUAAAUUGCGUGAUCCAGAUUGA